CAUGAUGCACUAGCGAAGAAAGCUCUGCACGAAACACUGACAUUUGAAGACGCCAUAAUGGAUGCACUUAGAAUGACUAACAAAGAAGAAACACUGGUAAUAGUUACGGCAGAUCAUUCUCACGUGUUCGAUAUAGCGGGAUAUGCCUACAGGGGAACAGAUAUAUUUGGUUUGGUUGAACCUGUUGAUCCUACGGAAGAAACGUUAGAUGAUAAACCAUACAGUGUUUUGUUUUACGGGAAUGGACCCGCCUACUCCGAGCCUCGCGAAAAUCUUACUGGAGUUGAUAUGCACGACAAAGAUUUUGCCUUUCCAAGCGGUGUUCCAGCACCUUGGGAAACGCAUGGUGGCGAGGAUGUAGCUAUAUAUGCACAGGGACCAAUGGCUCAUUUAAUUCACGGAGUUCAAGAGCAGAAUUAUAUCGCCCACGUAAUGGCUUACUCGGCAUGUAUCGGACCAUAUCAGGGAGACAAUUGUGAUAUGGAAACAAGAAACGCAGAAACAAGUUCUGCAAAUAGAUUAGUAAACUCUUGUGUAGCAAUCUUACUGUUGACAAUAUUCAUACGAGCAGGGAUUCUUUAGAUUUUAUUUCGAUUUGUUAGUAAAAGCGACUCGUCCGCAUGUUUUGGGCAAAUAUUUUGUCUUUAAAACUCUAUAAAGUGUGGGUACUGUAAAAAUGACGAGAAGUUCAAAAUUAUUGACACAUGCUUUUUGCAGGAAAUCCUAAAAAAUAAACAUAAAUUAUAUUAUAUUGUGCAGAAGGAAAUGAUUUUGAAAUAAUGGAGAAAAUCACCAUUCUUCCUACGUUUUUACCAAUUCUACUCACUUUUUUCACCACUCUUUUUAAUUUAUAUUAUAUUAUGUUAUAUAUACAUUCUACGCUAAACUUGGUGGAAAUGAAUAUCUCAAAUUGUGGGCAGGUAAAUUUGACAGAAUUACAUCGCCAAUGUUAUGGUUUCCUCUGCUUAUGGCCAUAUGGAAGAGAUGAUUAUGAAAAGAAACCAGUUCUGCACCUCGUACACAUUUAUACACCUAGGAAUGGUGUAAUUCUGAUUUCAUUAAUUUCAUUCUUUUGCCCUUGAUGUUCGUUCAUCUUUAGUUGUACCUUAUGCUUUCUCUCAUUACGUAUAUCAAGGUGUAUAUUAUAGCCAGUUAAUACCGCUUCUCAGACCAGGUUUGGUUGAAACAUAAAUAAAUUCUGUGUUGAAGUUUUGUUUAGCUGUAUCUGUGAAUUUUCCAUUUUCUGUUUUAAACAAAGGUUAAAUAGAUGCUGUACGCAUAUAGUUUCAUCUAGGUAUUCAUACACGGCCAGAAAAGGCCCGGAGGGCGCCUUGUCCGUUUAUUUACAACAAAUCUUAAUUGCUGGUGUAACAAUAUAUUAAGGGUAUAUUAAGGACACAGUUACCUAUAUGUGUAUAAAAAAUUCCUACGGGCAGAAUUUCUUUAAACUUUGUGUACUGACUGAGAAUAAAGUUUAAAACAGAAAUAUUUAUCAAAAUUAAUAGAUACCCAUGCAUUAAUGUAGUAGGAACUUUUAUCCUACUUUGAUGAAAAUGAGAUAACAUGUGUGCAGAGGUCAGAUUUCUAAAUUGUAUUUCACAAGCCAGCUGCAACUCACAUGCAGCCGCUUUCUGUCAGGACCCCUAACCACCGACCCUGCCAACUUUUAGCUUUUUUAGCAUAAAAUAUGAUAAAAUAUUUUUGAAAGACAUGAACACUUGAAAUGAGACAGCUAAUGUAGAAGAAUUUAAAACGCUUACUGAGAUAUUAAUUGCCAUUAUUUGUUGAUGUUUCCCGAAUGGCAGCCCGCGUGCAUUUCACUUAUUACAAACAUUUCAUUUGUAAGAUAAAUGUUUCCGAUGUCAUUUGAAAAAUGAGAUUUAAUAAAUACAGGUUUUCUUUAUG